AGGUAUGACAGCGGGCACUGGGUCACCAGGCAUCAGGUCAUUUGGCUCGCCAGCGGGCACCGCGUCAUCUGGCAAAGCAGUGGGCACUGAGUCACCAGGUACGACAGCGGGCUCUGAGUCAAUUGGCACGACAGCGGGCACCGGAUCAGGUACCGGAUCAUCUGGAUCAACAGCGGGCAUCGAGUCAACUGGCCUAAUAGGAUCAUCAGGCUGGAUCAGUUCAUUGGAAGGCAGGUUCUCGGAGGGUAGGCUCACC